AUGCAUCGCAACAGCCAGAAGAGGACGACGGGAUCCUCGACGNUGCUCGACCUUCCACAAAUCUACACCAAGCCUUCAUCGCAGCAACUACUAGAUACCCUAUCUCUGCUCAGUUUGGAACCUCAAUCAUGGGACAAGACUGCGACCCAAUCAAAACCCAAAGUGCGCUCUAAUGGCGUCCCUCAAUACCUCACACGAAUCGUCUCGAGCCCGUUAGACUGGAUUGAAGAUGACGUAGAGAAAGAGAAGAUUUGGGAUUCUGCUUCAUUACGCUUGAGCGAGCGUUCUGGUCGUACUGGCAUGGGUGCUAUUAGCCGUUCUUUCUCCAUACCUCUGGCUGCUGAGCCCACCAACAGCUCGAGUACCAUGAAGCCAGUCAUCACUAGCUCGCACGAACAGGAAACACCCCUCCAAGUCAGCAUACACGAACCUGCGCUUACCGAAGAUAAUCUUGGCCUCAAAACAUGGGCCUCAUCGUUUGUCUUUGCACGAAACUGGCAUGCUCUUCGCGAUCGCAUUCCUCUGAUUUUCGACAAGGAUGAGAAUGCAACAAUCCUGGAGCUGGGCGCUGGUACAGGUCUUGUCGGCAUUGCCGCAGCAGCUGUGCUAGGGGCAAACGUGCUAUUGACCGACCUACCUGAAAUUGUACCAAAUCUCGAACGGAACAUCGCGUCGAACGAAGGCAUGAUAAAAUCGAGAAACGGUUCUGCCCGUGUCGCUAUGCUUGACUGGACCGUCCCUGAAAAAAUCGUAUACCCCGAUAGGACAGAUGGAUCAAGUCGUCCCCUUGUCGCCGAGGAAGAAAGCUCAACUCAUCCUCUCAUUGUUGCCGCCGACCCUAUCUACUCCAAGGAACAUCCCGCGUGGCUAGUUCAAACAAUCAACUGCCACCUUAGUCAUGUCCCCGAUGCUCGCGUAUUGAUCCAGAUACCCAUUCGUGAAGCUUAUGCGGAAGAGCGCGCAGAUCUCAAGAAUCGCAUGGUUAGCAUCGGCCUGGAACUGUGUCAUGAGCAAACGGAAACAGGUUACGAUGAUUGGAGCGACGGACAAGGCGAGGAGCUGAGUGAAGUUGAGUGCUGGUUGGGCAUGUGGAAAUGGAAGGACGCAUAG